CCUCACCCCAGCAUUCAACGACCUUCUGCGGAAGGGAGGCCACGCCGAGAUAUCCAAAAAAACAGCAAUCCCCACCCCAGAUGAGUUCCUCAAAGAAGCCAACCGCAUCCACCAAAAACAAACCACCACGACCCCACGACCCCUCCCCCAACCUCACCGACACAGCCCGCACAGAAAUCGACACCUCCACCUCCCUCCUCCUCCGCGACCUCUCCACCUCAAUAACAAACCUCUCCUCCGCCGAAUCUCUCCGCCAGGAGACCGCCACGCGCCUGCUCCGCAAACGCUACGGUGGGCCCCGGACGCUCCUCGCGCGGUGGGCCAGCGGCCACGACAACAACAAUGAAGAUUCCGGCAAAACGGCAGCGCAGAUCUCGGAUGAGGGCGCGGAGCGCGGACUGAGCACCGUGCGCGAGGCGGUAUUAUGGUUUUUGCGCCGGCGGCUAGAAAUCGCUGUCGGUGUGCAGCGGGGGAUGGUGGAGAGGAGGAUCGAGAGGGUUGUAGAGAGGGAGAAGAGUGUGCUCUAUAAAGCUGCUGCUGGUUCUACUUCUGCUGGGGUGGGGGUAGGGGGUGAUAAGGAGAGGAGCAAGGCGUUUGGGGACGUGGACGCUGAUGUGAACGUCAAAGCGACGAGUAUCGACGACGCCGAAGCAGCGGCCAUCGAGGCGCAGCUGACACCGCAGCAGCUGCAGCUGUUCGAGCAGGAGAAUGAUUCCAUGGUGCGGUAUUAUGAGGAUACGUUGGGGAAGGUCCAAACAGCCGAAAAAUCCCUAUUGGAAAUAUCCUCCCUGCAACAAACGCUCGUCGCACACCUCGCCACGCAGGAAGAACACAUCGACCAGCUGGUCGCAGACGCAUCCAACACGCAGACGAACAUCGGGCAGGGCAACCGCGAGCUGAAGCGGGCGGCGGAGUCGCGGAGUGCGGCGCAGGCGGUGUUUUGGGGGACGGUGGGGUUGUGUUCUGGGUUGGUUGUUUGGGAUUUGAUUUUCUGACCUUAUCUUUUUUUAUUUGAUAUCAUUAUCUCUCUUUCAGGAUAUUACUUGGUAUAUCUAGAUUUGAUCGGUGAAUGGGUAAUGAAUGAGUGGAUACUGCAC